AUGGCAUCGUCUGCUGGAAUGACAGAGUACGUGACGCUCGUCUCACGGGACGGCUUUGAGUUCAAGGUGCUACGUUCGGCGGCAAACAUCUCCGGUGCCAUCAGGCGCAUGCUGGAUCCGACUAACAACUUCGCCGAAGCAAAGAGCAACCGCUGCGUCUUUGAGAACAUCAACGGCGUCGUGCUGGAGAAGGUCUGCGAGUACUUGUACUACAACGACAAGCACAAGGAUACGAAGGACGUCCCGGACAUGGACAUCCCGCCUGAGCUGUGCCUGGAACUGCUCAUGGCGGCCGACUACCUAAAUGUUUGA